AUGUUCGCGCAUCCCAAGUCCUUCCGCCUGCGCGAUCUGGGCAUGUCGGCGCUUUCACGCAGAGAUGUCCUCUCCCAGACAUCGCCCAACGCCCAAUAUCCCGUGUGGGAAGCCAUGGCAAACACCACCAUGCACACCCUAGCUCACGAGUCACACCCCAACUUCGGCCAUCUCGCUGGUCUGGUCUCGGAAGCCGUCCUGGAAGUCGUCUUCGUCGCUCUGCCCGGCUUCGCUGUCGCCGUCGCCGGCAUGUUCGACGCCAAUGCCCAGAAGAUGGUCGCCGAACUGAACACCAUGGUCUUCACACCCUGCCUCAUCUUUACCAAGCUGGCCGGCCAGCUCAACGCCGACAAACUCGCCGACCUCGUCGUUAUUCCUUUCAUCUUCGUUGCACAAACAAUCAUCUCUUACCUGUGCGCACAGGCCAUGUCGAGAGUCUUUGGGUUCCGUGGAAAAGAGAAGAAGAUGCAGAAGAACUUCAUCCUCGCCAUGGGUGUCUUUGGCAACUCCAACUCGCUGCCAAUAUCGCUGGUUUUCAGCUUGAGCAAGACUAUCAGUGGGCUCCAUUGGGAUCAAAUACCGGGUGAUAACGACGACGAGGUCGCGGCUCGUGGCAUUCUGUACCUGCUCAUCUUCCAACAGUUAGGACAGAUGCUCCGCUGGACGUGGGGAUACAACGUGCUGCUCAAGCCUGCAUCGGCAUACGAAGAGGAACAGCGUCGGGAGGCUGCUGAGGAGAGCCGGAGUAUCGAGGAGGCUCAGUUUAGGGAUGACCUAGAAGAGCCUGUGCACAGGAAGCUCCUUUAUGCGAAGAGCGGAACCGACUCGGGUUUCGCCUCAGGACAUCAGACUCCAGUGCAUAACUAUUCGAGAUCUCCAGAUAUGGUACCGGCAGCUCCCGCGAAUGGCAACGACAUCAGCACGGAGCCACGCAAUCUGAUCGGCCGCGACAGUUCAGACGCGAGAUCCACCGCUAGCGACGAGAUGACCGCCUUCCCAAGUUUCUCCCGCUCCGUAUCUGCGAAGUCUGCAGCAGGCUCCACCAAGACUGGCUGGAAAGCACCUCUCUAUCGCGUCAGCAACUCGGCGACGGUCCACCUGCGCAAAGCCUACGUGACAAUCAGCACUUUCUUCCACAACCUGUUCCGUGCAUUGCCGGAGCCGAUGCAGAAGGUAUUGGCCUUCCUACAUUACUACAACAGCAGAUUCUGGGCUGGCGUAUGGAAGCAAAUGAACCCACCACUUUGGGCCAUGCUUGCUGCACUCAUUGUAGCAAGUAUUCCUGGUCUUCAGCGUGCUUUCUUUACAAAGGGCACGCUGAUUAACAACUCGGUGACUCGUGCUAUUUCACAGAGCGGUGGCGUCGCUGUACCGCUCAUUCUGGUCGUCCUUGGUGCUAAUCUGGCUCGAUCCACCAUCCCUAAGGAGCAACUAGCCACCUCUCCGGAACAGAAGAAAGAGGAGCGCAGACUCCUCUACGCGUCCUUGCUUAGCCGCAUGGUCCUUCCGGUCAUCGUCAUGGCACCAAUCCUCGCACUGACCGCCAAAUUUGUGCCAGUAUCGAUCCUGGACGACCCAAUCUUCAUCAUUGUUUGCUUCCUGCUCACCGGCGCUCCCUCGGCAUUGCAGCUUGCCCAGAUCUGCCAGAUCAACAACGUCUUCAUGGGCGCCAUGUCGAGUCUGCUGGUGGCAAGCUAUGUCGUCGUCAUCUUUCCAAGCACACUGUUGCUGGUAUUGAUGGCUCUUGAAGUGUUGGAGUGGGCUGUGAUUUAA